GACAUAAUUGUUUAUGCGUCAAAUAAAAUGUCAAAAGCAUCCAAGAACAAAAAACUUUCUAACAAAUCCGAAAAACGAGGUUUCUGUAGAUGUUGCUCAGAUGAGGAAAAGUUUAACGACACCACUGAAGCUUUUAUAAACCACUUUGGAAAAGAAUUUACAGAGUACGAGUAUGUCAUUGAAAAUCUCGCAAUUAGGCCAAUUCCCAAAAAACUUUUGGAUCUUGUUCCCGUCCAUAACGCUCCUACUAGAAGCGAAGAUGAUAUCUAUGAUCUCAAAUGUAUUCAAAAAUCUAGUACCCAAAUUAAAGAUUGUUUAACCGCAAGUGUUUCUAAUGCCGAAGCAGAUUUAUCAGCCGAUGGUGAUUCACCACGUUUAAAAAUCCUAUCAGAUGAUGAUCAAAGAGUGUGCACUCGUCACGAUAUGACAACUGGAAGUCUUGACAAAUUGGGGGUCUUGCCAGGACAUAAGAAAGGAGGUCAUUUUCGAAAUAAUAGAAACUAUAAAUCUCCUCAACAAGUUAUCACGGAUCUCUGCAUGGCUAGCGAAAAAUCCUUAAAUUUCAAACCUAUUGCCGCGCCGGUGAUUAGAUCAAUACCCACCGAAAUACAAGAUACGAUCGAGUCAUUGAAAUUUAAAAAACCGCAGUUAGGAUUUCAACCCAAAAUCGAAAAGGACACUUUCCAAACACAGCAAAUGUAUUUCGCGGAAGUGACUAACGAGAAACAAAAUUUGAAUAGAGUUUAUGGUCACGAUUCGCAUAUGACUUCAAACGUGUCUACUUCUGGCGAUUAUGAUAAAGAAGAAAACUUGUCAUCGACUAUUGACUCUGUUGUACAAACUGAGCCGACAACAGAAAAUUCCUUCAUAAAAAGAAAGAAAAGAAAUCUUAAAUGGAAGAUAAUUAUCAAUAAACACUCAAAUGUAAAACUUAAAGGGAAUAAAUGA